AUGUUAAACAGUACCAAAUAAAUAUAAACAAGAAAGAGAAUCCACAAUCCAUUUAAUAAUAUGGCGGUUGAUAUGAAUUAAAUUUUUGUGACAAACAUAAAGAAAGAAAGUACGGGCACAAACAAAGCAGGCGAGGAAAGACAAAUUCAUUCGAUCAAGUUUAAAAAGAAAAUAAUUUGUUUUUGGACGUAUACUAUGGAAGAUUUGCUGAAACUUUCUGAAAAAGCAGAGUCUUACCCCAAGGAAUUGGAGAAAAAGAAAAAGGAGUGGCUUGAAAACUUGCGUAAAAUUUUAUAUGGGAACUCUGUUAGUAAAGCUGAGCCCAAAAAUGAAGAAAAUAGUUUACCAUCGCCGUCGCCCUGCCAAACUAUGAAGCGUUGUAAACGUCUAUCUUCUUUAGACGAGGAAAACGCAGAGGAUAAUGAAGACUCUAGCGCUAAGCCGAAUAGGAAGUCGAAUGAAAUAUUGUUGUCAUCGGCAAGUGAAAUCGAACGAGGAGAGAAGAAUGAUCAAAUAUUGCCAGUGCCAGCCCCUCGCGGAUGUGGUGCAAUUGUCGUAGCCGUCGAAUCAGACACAGUCUCUUCAACAGUCAGUAAUUCCAACGAUAAAGAAUUAAUGCCGCCACCACUUCCACCGUCAGUAUUAGAAAACGUCGAUUCGUCUGUGGAGGUCGCUCAUAAUUCUUCCGGUCGGCCGCAACGCGCCGCAAAAUUGAAAUCUGAGAAAAAUCUCAAAGAACCUGAAUUGCGAGGUAAAUUGAGACAACCAGCCAUUGUCAAUGUUAAGGUUAAGUUGGAAGAAGAGCAGCGUUUAUCUCAAAUGAAGACGCGGAGUACUAAGGCAGAUACCAAGGCAGACGAUUCUGUAAUUGUUUUGCCAAGCAAGAAGCCGUCUACGAUAGAAAUUAACAGUACUUCGGAAGAUGAGGAUCAGGCUCGAACAAGUGUCGAAAAAGAAUGUAUUAAUACCACACAAACACAGCAGACAUCCGAUGGCUCUUUCGAGCAAGCUCAAGGCAAUGCCCGCCAAUUGCGUAUUAGAGUUAAGCGUGAAAAGAUCAGUUUAACAAAUAAGGACAAUGUUAAAAAUGAUGCCAGUGCUGAAGCAACAUUCAAAGAUCCACCUUCGGUACCAUUGCCAAUAAAGACAAAGGUAGACACAUCUUUGGAAGAGGCAUCCAGUAGCCAAAAUUCUACGUCGACAUCGACAACUAACAGGGUUGCAGCCUCCAAAAAAGAUCGGAAGAAGAAAAACGCGGUUCCACAUAAACCCAUUAAAGUUGAGCGUCUUAGUGAUUUUGAAAAUCGGUCACCAGUUGCCUCACGUACACGUAAAGGUGGUUCUAAUCGAAAUCAGCCGGAUUCGGAAGAUGGUUUCGCUAAUGCAGCGUCUAACGGAAUUCCCGAAACCGAUUCGAAAGUGCACACAUCAAUUUAUGAGGAUGCUGUUCAAUCCCCCCCCGUUCCUGGGGAAGAACUUCCAAAAACCGUCUCUGCUGCCGAUAAGGCAAGCAAUGUUAAUGAAACAUUUAAUGUGGACCGGCAGCAAGGCGAUCAAUGCAACGGCACAAUUACUGUUGCACCGCCAGCACAUGAUGCUACUUUUCGAGCAGAGUUUACUCAUGAAACAUUUGUUGUAGAUUCUAAUCUAAACGCUACAGCAACUGUACAAAAGGGUGUUCAGGCUGAAGCAGAGGGAAAUCUUACUUUCGCUGUUACAUCCCAAAAUAAAAGUAAACAAGAAGAAGACGCAGUCGAUCAAAAAUCGUUCGAAACGGCAAAGGAUGCUUCAAUACCACGCGAUAAUAGUCUUAUUACCGAAGACGAAUCAUCCGGGCAGCCAGCUGCACAACAACUACCGCUACUAUCGAAAAUAAAACCAGCAACUAAUUUUCUUAAAAGUAUACCGACUUCAGCUAAAGCGUAUAAAAUGCCACCAGUUCUUUUCAAUCCGUUAGUGCACAGUCCAGUAAAGAUGCGCGUGGAAGCUUUUGAAAAUGCAGCUGUAGCCGCGAAAGCGCCAACUUCGAAACGUGUUACUCGCCUGAAGAAAGAGAACUCAGCUCCUAUGGCUGGUGGUAAUGGCAGUUCGAUCACUCCCACCAUUGGUAAACUAGGUAAUCCUGCUCUUGGGCGUUUUCUUACACCUACGCAAACUAGCAAUCUUACGCCUGCUUCAGGGGCAAUCAAAAAAUUGCCUAGCAGCGCGUCCAAGGCCACGAUGCCUCUGCACAGAUCCGCAACUGCUUCUAGUUUAAAGAAUAGCGUGAUUGCAGGUUCAUCGAAAAAUUUACAUCGCGAGAAUAGUAGCGAUGAUGUUCAUAAAGCCUUCAGUCAAAGCGAAGAGCGGAAGAAGCAGCGUGAACAGAAACAUUUAUUGGCCGCACAGCAACGUGAGGCAAAAGAACGCGAACGAGCUGAACGUUUCGCAAAACUAGCUCAGGAACGGGAGGAAAAACUUCUUAAAAAACAAUUAGAGCAGGAACGAAAAAAACGUGAACUGGAAGAAAUUAAUCGAAAAUUGCGCCUUCAGGAUGAAGCAUUAGCUGCCAGUGCUGAGGCUAAUAAAUUGAAAGCAAUCAGAGCCAAAGCUGCAGCUCAGGAACGUGAAAUGUUAUUGAAACUGCAACAAGAACAGCAGAUGUUCAAGCAACGUAUCAUGCCGCCGCCACCGAAAUUACAAACAAAAUAUAGAUUUGAAAUGUUACACGAAGACGAUUCGACCGACGAAGAGGGCAAAACAUCCUACAAACGCCCACCGCCGCCUACUUGGAGUCGAAGUCAUGAACGUGGACCGCACAUUCUAAUGCAACAACACGUCCCCCUUGACGUUAUUGAUAGUUUCUUCUCAGUGCAACCAUUAACGGCUGAUUUGAAGACGAUAUUCCCAACUAUCGAUGAUCGUUAUUUAAAACGCAAUUCCAGUGUAUUAUGGUCUACACCGCCACGUUAUUCCGAAUUGCCGAAAUAUUAAGCAACUGGAACUGAUCGUUUAGAAAAUUAUUGUUUUCAUUUUUUUCAUUUAUGCAUUAUGAUUGACAUUUUGAUUGCUGUUGAAGUUUUUUUUUUUGUU